CUACAUGUACUUGUAUAUAAUUAGUACAUCAAGAACAUGUCUUUUUUGAAGAUGAUGCUGAAGACACAUUUUUGGGAAGCAUAAGACGAUUAGAUGGCAAUACUUUUGUGGCAGCACAUUUCAACAUGAUGGUCAAUGCCUCAGACAUCAAGACACUUUUCGACACUAAAUGGUUAAAUGACAAAGUUGUUUACAUCUACUUCCGAAUUAUUCAUGCUUCCUGCUCAUGGAUCUCCGUUGUCGACCCGAUGUUCAUCACUGCCCUAAACGAUGGGAGAUCAUCAGCUGCAAAAAAGUACCUGACACCACAGCACCUCCAAGCUAACCAAGUUCUAAUACCUUGUAUUUUAGAAGGCCACUGGACAUUGAUCGUGCUUGACGUUGCCGGCAAGACUAUGACGUUAGUUGACUCCGGAAAUGCUAGAGAUAUUGGCUUGACCUUGGUGAGUCAUUUUUUUGAGUCCAUGGACGAAAUGCCUCACAGUUGAACUUUACAACAUAGCAAGGUAUGAUAGCGUAUCAAGACAAAACCUUUAUC